UGUGUCACUCAGGCUGUAGUACAGUGGCACAAUGAUACCUCACUGCAGCCUCAAACUCCUGGGCUCAAGCAUUCCUUCCGCAUCAGCCCCCUGACUAGCUGGAACUCAGGCUCAUGACACCAGACCUGUCUAAUUUCUCUGUUUUUAGUACAGACAGUAUUUUCCUUCACUAAUUUAACUAAUAUGGUUUCCAUUGUCUACCCAGUUUUCCAUAUGCAUAAUAUUUUCACAGGAAAAUAUAAAGGUUUCAGAUUUCAUGAAUUGUUUUAAGAAAGUUUCAGUCAGUGAAAAAACUAUCAUACCAUUAUUCACAGGAAGGGUGAAGUAGGCUGAUCUGCUGUGUUGCCCAGGCUGGUCUUGAAGGGAAACAGAUUUUUUGUUGUCAUACUUACUGUUUGGCUUCUUAGUAAGUAUUAUAUAGUCAUUACUUUUUGCAGUUCAUUAGAUCAAAGUAUUAAUGUAGGUAAAGUUAACUACAUUAACUUUAGAAUAUAUGUCUACCUUAAAAAGUCAAGUCUGCUUUAAAUUUAAUCAUCUCUGGUGAAAGGGAUGGGAUGGAGCUUUGCUUUUUAUCAUAUAUUCAUCUGUACCUUUAAAGUAUUCAAGUAGAAAAAUAUAAACAAUGUAAAUAAAAUAGCAAAACAAUAUAAUAUCUCAUAAAACUGCAAUGGUAAAAGCAUUUAUCCUAUUGAAAUUCCACAAUUUUUAUUUGAAAACAUUAUCAACAUGUAAUUCAAGUGGCAUUUAGAAGAAUAAUUUAAAAGCAACAACUCUCUGGAAAGCUUCUAAAAUGAUUAAGUAGUUUAAACCAAAUAAAACAAUUUCUGAGUCAGUCAUCCCCAGUAGGUCUAUUUUAGUCUCAAGAUAAAUUCAUUUCUGGUGACAACUGAAGUUCUUAGUUAUUUGUUAGUAUAUAUUGGAGACAUUUACAAUAAAGCUUAGAGCACAGUGGGAAAUGAAAGUAUCAUGUUAUUUUUUUUAAGACCAAAUGUAUUGCAGAAAUGUAAGUAAUUUAAUCCAAUGCUACAAUCUGAUCAUUCUGAUCUAAUCUGAUCAUUUAAUAACACCAAAUAAAACCUUCAUCUCACAUUCUUUGGCUGUUUCUUUUAAAAUAUGAGUUUAGGGAUAAAUCAAAUAAAUUCAAAACAAAGUAAUAAGCAGAUGGUAUUUUUUUCUCAGUAAUCUAGUAGAGUAUUACAUUUAGAAGUCAUCUGUAUCUCAGUGCAGUAACUAUUUAGGACUCUAAGCGCCGCUGUUCACCUACUGGGAGAGAAAUGCAACCGAAAACACUCAGAUCUCACACCUCGCAAAGACCCGCAGAUGCCACAAACUAACUGCGGGACUGCAGCGAAACCCCACCCCUGUUUGGAGGCACUGCAGGUUUCCGGAGGAUUAUCAUCUCCAUAGCUGCGGCAAGAAACUAAAUACCCACUUAUGCACAGUGAAGAUUCUGAGGGGAUUCUGCAGCAAAAUAACAAUGGCCGCUCCACAGAGUCGCCCCAGACGCGGCGAGCUGAUCCUGCUGUGCGCGCUGCUGGGGACGCUGUGGGAAACCGGGAGGGGACAGAUUCGCUACUCGGUGCCAGAAGAGACGGACAAAGGCUCCUUCGUGGGUAAUGUCUCCAAGGACCUGGGGCUGGACCCCCGGGAGCUGGCGAAGCACGGAGUCCGUAUCGUCUCCAGAGGUAGGACGCAGCUCUUUGCUCUGAACCCGCGCAGCGGCAGCUUGGUCACCGCGGGCAGGAUAGACCGGGAGGAGCUCUGCGCUCAGAGCCCGCGGUGUCUGAUAAAUAUUAACAUCCUGGUUGAGGAUAAAGGAAAACUCUUUGGGAUAGAAAUAGAAGUAAUUGAUAUUAACGAUAAUAACCCGAAAUUCCAGGUCGAAGAUCUAGAAGUAAAAAUUAACGAAAUCGCGGUUCCUGGAGCACGUUAUCCACUCCCAGAAGCUGUUGACCCGGAUGUGGGCGUGAACUCCCUCCAGAGCUACCAGCUCAACCCCAAUCACCACUUCUCCCUGGACGUGCAGACUGGAGACAAUGGAGUCAUAAACCCAGAGCUGGUGCUGCAGCGCGCCCUGGACAGGGAGGAAGAGGCUGCUCACCACCUGGUCCUCACGGCCUCAGAUGGCGGCGAGCCGCGUCGCUCCAGCACAGUGCGCAUUCGUGUGACAGUGUUGGAUACAAAUGACAACGCCCCGGUUUUUGCUCAACCGAUUUACAGAGUGAAAGUCCUUGAGAACGUGCCCCCAGGCACGCGGCUGCUUACUGUAACAGCCAGCGACCCGGAUGAGGGAAUCAACGGAAAAGUGGCCUACAAAUUCCGGAAAAUUAAUGAAAAACAAACUCCGUUAUUCCAGCUUAAUGAAAAUACUGGGGAAAUAUCAAUAGCAAAAAGUCUAGAUUAUGAAGAAUGUUCAUUUUAUGAAAUGGAAAUACAAGCCGAAGAUGUGGGGGCACUUCUGGGGAGGACCAAAUUGUUCAUUUCGGUGGAAGAUGUAAAUGACAAUAGACCAGAAGUGAUCAUUACGUCUUUGUUUAGCCCAGUGUUAGAAAAUUCUCUUCCCGGGACAGUAAUUGCGUUCUUGAGUGUGCAUGACCAAGACUCUGGAAAGAAUGGUCAAGUUGUCUGUUACACACGUGAUAAUUUACCUUUUAAAUUAGAAGAGUCAAUAGAUAAUUAUUAUAGAUUAGUGACAAGGAAAUAUUUGGACCGAGAAAAUGUCUCUAUCUACAAUAUCACAGUGAUGGCCUCAGAUCUAGGAACACCGCCUCUGUCCACUGAAACUCACAUCGCCCUGCACGUGGCAGACAUUAACGACAACCCUCCUACAUUCCCUCGUGCCUCCUACUCAGCUUAUAUCCUAGAGAACAACCUGAGAGGAGCCUCCAUCUUCUCCUUGACUGCACACGACCCCGACAGCCAGGAGAAUGCCCAGGUCACUUACUCUGUGACCGAGGACACGCUGCAAGGGGCGCCCCUAUCCUCGUACAUCUCCAUCAACUCUGACACCGGUGUCCUGUAUGCGCUGCAAUCUUUCGACUAUGAGCAGAUCCGAGACCUGCAGCUACUGGUAACAGCCAGCGACAGCGGGGACCCGCCCCUCAGCAGCAACGUGUCACUGAACCUGUUCGUGCUGGACCAGAAUGACAACGCGCCCGAGAUCCUGUACCCCGCCCUCCCCACAGACGGUUCCACUGGCGUGGAGCUGGCGCCCCGCUCCGCAGAGCCCGGCUACCUGGUGACCAAGGUGGUGGCGGUGGACAGAGACUCGGGCCAGAACGCCUGGCUGUCCUACCGCCUGCUCAAGGCCAGCGAGCCAGGACUCUUCGCGGUGGGGCUGCACACGGGCGAGGUGCGCACGGCGCGACCCCUGCUGGACAGAGACGCGCUCAAGCAGAGCCUCGUGGUGGUCGUCCAGGACCACGGCCAGCCCCCUCUCUCCGCCACUGUCACGCUCACCGUGGCCGUGGCUGACAGCAUCCCCGCAGUCCUGACCGAGUUGGGCAGUCUGAAGCCUUCGGUCGACCCGAACGAUUCGAGCCUUACACUCUAUCUCGUGGUGGCGGUGGCUGCCGUCUCCUGUGUCUUCCUUGCCUUUGUCGUUGUGCUUCUGGGGCUCAGGCUGAGGCGCUGGCACAAGUCACGCCUGCUCCAGGGUUCCGGUGGCAGAUUGGUGGGUGUGCCUGCCUCACAUUUUGUAGGUGUUGAGGAGGUACAGGCUUUCCUGCAGACCUAUUCCCACGAAGUCUCCCUCACCGCCGACUCGCGGAAGAGUCACUUGAUCUUUCCCCAGCCCAACUACGCAGACACGCUCAUCAGUCAGGAGAGCUGUGAGAAAAACGAUUCUUUGUUAACAUCCAUAGAUUUUCAUGAAUGUAAGAAUGAAGCUGAUCGUGGUCAGGUGAGUUUAGUUCUUUGCUUGCUUUUAAUUUCCAGAUGAAUUUUAUUUGACAUAAAUUAUGUUUUGAAAAACAUUGUAAAGAUAGUUGAAAAUAAUUUUUAAGGCAUAUCACAGAGUUUCAGGUUUAUUUUGUUGGUUUUACUAUAAAGUUAAGCUCUAAUAGUCAUAGGUUGUUGUUUCAUUUGCUUUUAAACGACUUGGAAAAGAUUGUUGAACCAUUUUAAUCCUUCCAGUAUUUUAUUCCUAUGAUCACUCAUUCACUUAAGAAGUACCUACCCAUCCAUGCCGGUAAUUUUGCUAUUGUUUGUGUGUACAUGUGUGUGAGUGUGUGUGUGUGUGUGUUUCCUAAACUAGAACUUCAGAAAAUUAUCAAGAAGUCUAAAGCCUUGUAUUAGCUUAGCAAAAGUAAAAUAUAUCUCAGAAUUUUUAGGGUUAUGUUUAGCAUUUGAACCUAUAACUAGGCUCUUGUAGAUUUUUUCACUUUAAACCUCUUUUCUGAGCCCUGUUUCUGUACCAGUGCCCUUCAAAACUUUAAUACUUCUUACCAUCUUUCAAAAUAUGAACAAACUUUAAAGAUGGAUCUUGGUGGGAGAUGAGACUGGUUACUAAAUAUUAAGUAUGUGUGUCAGUGGUCACCUGGGCUCCAUGCCCAUGGAGACAUGAAAUCUAAAGCCUAGAAUGUCCAUUGCUCCUCCAAACAAAAAACAAAAGCUAAAACAUUAGAUCUGGAUUAAAAUGUAAUUUUAAACUAUUGAAAGUGACUUUUGUAAAAUACGAAAGAACAUAUUUCAAUACAAUUCCAAUGAGCUGUUUUGGUUGUGCAUUGACGUGAAAUGGUGAGAAUGUUGAUUUUAAGAACCAACGUUUCAGGUACACAAGUUCUAAAUAAGCUGAUCAAUUCAAUUAAGUUAUUCAGUCUUGGCUGGACACAGUGGCUCAUGUCUGAAAUCCCAGCACUUCGGGAGCCUGGAGCAGGGGAACAGCUUGAGCCCUGGGGUUUGAAACUGCAGUGAGCUAUGAUCAUGACACUGCACUCCAGCCUAGGUGACAGAACUAGACCCUGUCUCU